AGCUAUCCGCAGGCAAUACCGGCGGGAUGGCGGUCAUUGCGAGUCGCCUGGACUUCUACAACUUCAGGAAGAAUGCAGCUCUCUUUGUGGCCAGUUCGGCAAGCGAUGGCGUUGAGAAGGUGGCGCCAGAGCCGGCUGACGAGGGUCUGGAUCUGGAGCUCCCUGUCCGCCUGCUCAAUCCAAAGGCGGUGGCAGAGGUGGUGGUAAUGGCGACAAGCAGCCGUCACAAGGACAACGGCGUGGGGAUGGUGACAGCUGAGCCGGCUGUUCGGAAUCUGGACGUGGAGCUCCCAAACCACACGCGCAGGGCAGUAUAGGGGCCAGAGGGGGUGGUGGGAUUGGUGAGCAUCGUUCCCGAAGGCACGACACCGAGGAUGCGCGUCCCUUCUCCGCCGAUGAGGUCAUGGUCCGAGUUCUGACAUCCUGCACGAGUUCGAGAAAGCACUCAAAAUCUCUCCUCC